GGCGGUACUGCAACUACUGGUACCCGGACCUCUUUAUCUCUGCUCCUCCUCCUCACUCUCCACAGCACGUUCUUGGUCAUAUCAUCCUUCUACUCCCGGCCACACAAGGCGGGCUUGUCUCUUCUUUUUUUCCCUCGCCUCUUCCAUACUUCAUUCUUUUCCUCAACCCCAUGCAUCACAGCCGCAAGAAGUCGGGCCACGGCCUGCCCAACACGUCCAUGACGGACGUGCGAAAAGCUGUCACCGCAACCGAUCCCUCAAAGUACAAGCGACCCGCCAUGACUCGGAAACAGACUCCCCAGAAGCUGGGCCGGAGCCAACGUGAACGGGAGCGAGAAUGGAGUGAAUCUUGGGAAGACGAGAGAGAGAGUUUUCCUCAGUUCUGCAUGACCUGCGAGAAGCAAUUCAUUCCUCACGACGACAUGGGCUUGUACUGCUCCGACAACUGCCGCAGAAUUGAUCAGACGUCGACGUCACAGCCCGCUUCUUCAGUCCGCAAUUACGCGUCUGGCAACUACCCAUUCUACUCAGUCGGCAACCCGGAACCCAAGGACAUCAUUCCUCGAGCGUCGCCCUCGCGGCCCAGCUCCAUGCACUACACUUCUCCACCGGUGACGCCCGGUACCGGCUCCGCAGCUUACCAACACACUUCGGCCAUUUCAGCGCUCCGAUCCUUGAAUGUCCGCCCUCCGAGCCCUCCGUCGCCGACGGGCAGCUCCAACAACCUUUGGCCCUUUAGCCGCAGCGCCGCAACCAGCCCGCACAACUCGUACUCGCGACCCUCGGCGGCGUACUUUUCAUCCACGUACGACGGAGGCUACUACGGCGGCGGCGCCUACACCUACGACGUGAGCUCGGGAGGUAUGGACCGUCCGCUUCCCUCGCGUCACCCCGGGACGUACUCGCGGCCCAAGAGCAUCGAGCUCGUGACGCCCAUGGUCGGCAGAUGAGGUGAAGCAGAGGCGCCGCCGCCGCCGCCGCCGCCGCAGCACCGCUUGACAGGUCCGGCGUGGCCCACCACCCUGUUGCCCGCCGACUGCCGCCUGGAUGAGCAGCAGUCGGACGCAGUGUGUGACCUCUUGUCCACUGAA